AUGGCAGACACAGCACCCACGCAAGACAAGUCUGAGUCUGCGCCUUCCGUCCAGCCUCAAGCUGAAGGCGGAGCAGCCGCACCGGCACCUGUGGAGGAAGGAGCAUCGGCCGGACCGACAAAGGGAGAGCUGAAGCGCCGAGCAAAGGAGGCGGAGAAGGCUAAAAAGGCGGCAGAGAGGGAGGCGAGGGAGGCAGAGGAGAAGAAGAAGAGGGAGGCGCAGGAUGCGAUGGAUGAGGCAAAGCAGAAUUAUGGGAAAUUGCCGAUGCACCAGAGUACGGAGAGGAACGGCCGAACCUACCUCAAGUUCCCCACCAUCUCCGCCGAGAACGUCGGCAAGCCCGUCGUCCUCCGUGCCCGCCUGCACAACAUGCGGCCACAGGGCGCCAAGAUCGUCUUCCUCACUUUCCGGCAACAGACCCAGACUCUGCAGGGAGUCCUGGUCAUCUCGGGCGAGAAGGACGAGAAUCAGGUAUCUAAGCAAAUGCUCAAGUAUGCGCAGAACAUCCCGUCUGAGUCUAUCGUUCUGGUUGAGGGGACUAUCAAGGCCGCCGAGGUGAAGAGCUGUACUAUCCAGGAAUACGAGGUCCAGAUCCACAAGUUGUUCACUGUCGUUGAGGCUGAGACUUUGCCCUUCUCGAUCGAUGAUGCUUCUCGCCCAGAAUCAGACUUCCAGCGCAUGGAGACGGAGGAUAUCCAAUUCUCGCGCGUUUCUUUGCCUACUCGGCUGGACAAUCGAGUUAUGGAUCUCCGAACACCCGCCAACCAGGCCAUCUUCCGGAUGCAGUCUGGCCUUUGCCAGCUCUUCCGGGAGCACCUGAACAACAAUGGGUUUACCGAGAUCCACUCGCCCAAGUUGCAAGGUGCGGCUACGGAGAGUGGGGCGAGUGUGUUCAAGGUUCAGUAUUUCAAUGGUACCGCCUUCCUCGCUCAGAGCCCGCAAUUGGCCAAGCAGAUGUGUAUCGCUGGUGAUAUGGAGCGGGUGUAUGAGAUUGCUCCAGUCUUCCGCGCCGAAGACUCCAACACCCACCGUCACAUGACCGAAUUCGUCGGUCUCGACCUCGAAAUGGCCAUCGAGGAGCACUACCACGAGGUCCUCGACCUUCUCGACUCGCUCUUCCUCCACAUCUUCCGCGGUCUCGCCACGACCUACAAACACGAGAUUGACACGAUCAAAAAGCAAUUCCCAUGCGACGAUUUCCUCUUCCUAGAAAAAACCCUCCGGCUCACCUUUGCCGAAGGCAUGGCGAUGCUCCGUGAAGCCGGUGCGACAGGAUCGGACGGAGCGCCAAUCGGUGAGAUGGACGACAUGUCGACGGAGAAUGAGAAGCUGCUUGGAAGGUUGGUACGCGAGAAAUACGCUACCGAUUACUUUAUCCUGGAUAAGUUCCCGACGGCUAUCCGGCCUUUCUAUACCAUGCCGGAUCCGACCAACCCGGAGGUGUCCAACUCGUAUGACUUCUUUAUGCGGGGAGAGGAGAUUUUGAGUGGGGCGCAGAGGGUGCAUGAUCCGGCGUUCUUGGUACAGAGGUUGAAGGAGGUGGGGAUUGAUCCAAAGACGAUGGAGGGGUAUGUGGAUGCGUUUAGGUUGGGGGCGCCGCCGCAUGCCGGUGGGGGGAUUGGUCUGGAACGGGUGUUGAUGUUCUACCUGAAGUUGGGUAACAUCAGGAGGGCGUCAUUGUUCCCAAGGGACCCGAAACGAUUGAUGCCAUAG